UCAAGAUGGCGGCUGUGGAAGACAGAACGAAUUCGAACCCUUUGGUCCAACCCUUGUUGACGGAUCUUUAUCAAAUCACAAUGGCUUAUGCUUACUGGAAGAGCGGCAAAGUAUUGGACAAUGCAGUGUUCGAUUUAUACUUUCGCAAGAAUCCUUUUCACGGAGAAUUCACCGUUUUCGCCGGGUUGGAAGAAUGCGUUCAUUUUGUAAGAAACUUCAAGUUUUCAGAUUCAGAUAUAUCUUAUCUCAAAACAAUAUUACCAGCAGCAGUGGAAGAAGAGUUUUACAAGUUUCUAAGGGACAUAGACACAAGAAAGGUUACUCUGAGUGCCAUGUUAGAGGGGAGCAUUGUCUUCCCAAAAAUUCCUUUGAUCAGAGUGGAAGGACCACUACCAGUUAUCCAACUCAUGGAGACAACUCUCCUAAACUUAGUGAACUUUGCAAGCUUAGUAGCAACAAAUGCAGCUAGAUUUCGCCUUGCAGCUGGAUGGAAUAAAUCUUUAAUUGAGUUUGGGUUACGAAGAUCUCAGGGCCCAGAUGGAGGAUUGUCAGCAUCUAAAUAUUGUUAUAUCGGAGGGUUUGAUGGUACAAGUAAUGUUUUAGCUGGAAAGUUAUAUGGCAUUCCAGUCAAAGGUACCCAAGCACAUGCCUUCAUCACGUCAUUCACACCAGAUGAGCUUCCAUCGGUCGGCACACUGCAGCCUACAGACAAGAGUAAGGAACCAAGAGACUUUUAUCCUGUAGUGUUAGAUUGGCUGAAGAAAGUCUGCCCUGUGCUGCGUGUUCUGGAAAGUGAGGUUCAUGUUGGUGAACUUGCUGCAUUUUCAGCAUAUGCUGUGGCCUUCCCAGAGACAUUUCUAGCACUUGUUGAUACCUAUGAUGUUCUAAGGAGUGGAAUCCCAGGAUUCUCUGCGGUGGCGUUAGCUCUCAACGAUUUUGGCUACCGAGCCAUAGGGGUACGACUUGACUCCGGAGAUUUAUCGUACAUCUCAUUACAGAUAAGAAAAGCGCUAGAAAAAGUAGGAGAUGUGGCCAUGCCAUCGAUUCUUUUGGUAUAGGAACUCAUCUGGUAACUUGUCAAAAGCAGCCUGCAUUGGGAUGUGUCUUUAAGCUUGUUGAACUAAAUAGCGAUGCUCGAAUGAAACUCAGCCAAGACAUAGAGAAAGUUACGAUACCUGGAAAGAAGGAGGCCUUCCGUUUGUAUGGCGGUGACGGGCGGGCCCUUCUUGAUCUCAUGCUCAGGUGCAACGAGGCACCUCCGUCUCCAGGGAAACGUGUAUUGUGCCGGCAUCCAUUUGAUGAGGCCAAGCGAGCGUAUGUCUGUCCUUCCCAUGUAGAGGCUUUAUACCAUGUGUACUGGAAAGAUGGCAAGAUAUGCAGCCCAUUACCACCUCUAUCGGAGAUUAAAGAGAGAGUGAAGGAUUCGUUAAAAAGGUUUAGACAAGACCAUCUGAGGGCCUUGAAUCCUACGCCUUACAAGGUCUCUUUGAGUGACAAACUGUAUACAUUUAUGCACCAGCUCUGGCUAAAUCAUGCUCCUAUUGGCGAAUUGUUUUAGAAAAGAGGGACUUUUGCAAAAUCUAGCUUCG